AUGUGUAUGCAUUUUAAUGAAUGUCAAAAAAUCAAGCAAUUAUGGAAAGAUAAAGCUAUUACUCGUGAUCAAUUGACAAUAUGCAGUCGCGCUAAAAAGAUUAUUUGCUGUCCAACGGAAGAGAAAAUAAGUCAGAAAAAAUGUAAAGAGUAUGGUGAAAAAGUUUUUCGUAUAGUAAAAAUUGGAUCUUUGAUUGGUCAACAACCACACGAAAUAAGAAGAAGUAUGUGCACCCAUAAAUCGAUUUCUUUAAUUAUUGGCGGCACAGAAGCAGAAAACCAUGAGUUCCCUCAUCAAGCUCUUUUAGGUUAUGCGACAGAAAAUACAGAAGUAAAAUGGUUAUGUGGUGGAUCUCUAGUGUCUCCGAAUUUUGUGUUGACUGCUGCUCAUUGCCUCUUUUCAAGGCAAAUUGGACACGUCCAAAAAGUCAAAGUAGGAAUGAAAUAUAAAGAUCAAGAGGAUGACAACAGAAAUGUCUUUAUUUACAACAUUAAAGAAACAUUCAAGCAUCAAAAUUAUAAUGAACAAACAUUCAAUGAAGAUAUAGCACUUCUGAAACUAGAUGGGACAGUCCCUAUAAAUGAAAACAUUUUGCCUAUUUGCUUGCCGACUAAGCAAUAUGAUGACUUUAAAGCAAUUGCAACAGGAUUUGGAAGAACUCAAACAUAUGGACAACAAUCAGAAGUUUUGUUGAAAGUAGCACUUGAGAGUUUUACACAUUCUGAAUGUAAGGAGUCAUAUCCUGAUGAUGGAAUAGUUCAAAUUGAUGAAGAAACUAUGCUGUGCUUUGGACAUCACAGUCAGAGAAUGGAUAUUUGUAGGGUAAGAAUGGUGGACCUCUUCAAAUUUCUAAUGAUAACAAUGUUCAUUGCACAUACACUCAAAUCGGAAUUGCAAGUUUUGGACCUAGCAGAUGCGGAACUAUUAAUCUUCCAAGUAGCUUUACUAAUGUAUUUAACUAUCUUAACUGGAUUGAAGGAAUAGUCUGGGACAAUGAAGUUUAA